AUGAUUUGGCACGAUAGCUAUGGAAAGGAUGGGUCCGGGUGGGCCCGUCAGGAGAAUACCGUGGUUAUGCCCGACGCGACGAGAAUGGCGGGCGUGGAUAUGCGUCUGGAGGCCGGGGCGUAUCGUGAGUUGCAUUGGCAUGUGGCUAGUGAGUGGUCGUUGGUGUUGAAUGGGUCGUGUCGGAUUCAGGCUGUCAAUGAGGAUGGACAGACUUUCGUCGACGAUGUGACCGAGGGUGAUGUGUGGUUUUUCCCGCGCGGCGUCCCGCACUCCAUCCAGGCUCUUGACGCAGGUGUCGAGUUCCUGCUCGUCUUCGACGACGGAACCUUCUCCGAAGACAACACCUUCCUGGCAUCGGAAGUCUUCGCGCAUAACCCUAAAUCCGUCCUCUCCAAAAACUUCGACCUCCCGAUCGCCUCCUUCGACGACAUCCCCGAAGACGAACUCUACAUCUUCCCCGGCACCCGCGCCCCCGACGACAUCGAAGAACAAAACGUCACCGCAGCGGCCGGCAUCCUCCCCCGGAAGGACAGCUACAGCUACCACUUCUCCGAGCAGCCCGCGCACGAAGUAUCCGGCGGCUCGGUCAAGAUCAUCGAUCCGCAGACCUUCCCUAUUGCCGAGAACUUCGCCGCCGCGCUGGUGACGGUGCAGCCUGGCGGACUGCGCGAGAUCCACUGGCAUCCGAGCAGCGACGAGUGGACGUUUUUCCUGCGGGGCAAGGGCCGCGCGACGUUGUUUGAUGCGCCGGAUGUGGCGACUACCUUUGAUUAUCAGGCUGGGGAUGUGGCGUAUUUCCCGCAGUCGAAUAGCCAUUAUAUUGAGAAUGUGGGCGAUGAGGAGUUGGUGGUUUUGGAGGUGUUGCAGGCGGAUAAGUUUACUGAUAUCUCCCUGGGCCAGUGGAUUGGGUCUACGCCGAAGCAGAUUGUCGCUGAUACGCUCAAGUUGCCCGAGAGUGCGCUGAAAAAGCUGAAGACGGAGAAGCAGUUUGUUGUUCCUGGUGGCAACCAGACCUCUAACUAG